CCACCCCACCGUCAGAAGGAGGGAUGCCCACAAGACCAGCACUGCACCGCAGGAAACACACAGGAAAACUACAGUUUCUGUGCCAGGCUGCUCUCCGGGGCACGGAGCUGUAUGCCCCAAAAUAAAAAGCACCCCUCCAAAACACAAGAGGCAAGCUGAAUCGCUAUAGUCGACCUCCUAAAACAACAACCUCGUGGCAAAGCAAUGAAUUUACUUUUUGAGUACUUUCGUUUCUCGUGCACAUAUCUUUAUGUCGCAACUUUGAUUCUGAUAACACUCUGUUGACCAAUUAUGCACAAACACGCAAAAUAUGCAUAAAAUUUUAUCCCACCCCCAAAACCCAACACCUCGAAGGUGCCCUCCCCACCAGGUGAGAGUCCUGAAGCCAUGAGCGUCUGGUUCUGGGACAUAAACCCCAGAUAUGUCCUCAGACAUUCCUAAUUCCCCCCUCGCGCUAUAACCGGGGCCCCAGAAGCCCCGCCCACCGCUCAGCCCUGCCGGGCCCCGCCCCCGCAUGCAAAUCACCCGCCAUUCAGCCAAUAGGAGGACAGGGGGCGUGACCACGGCGGGACUUGCCCGGGCAUGUGUGAGCGGCGGCUUCCGGGCGGGACACGUGGGGAGCGCGGCGGGCCCGCAGGAAUGCCACCUGGCAAAGGGCAGAUGACCCCGCUGCUGCCCGCCCCGACGGUUUCUGCGCCCACCCUGCAGGGCACCCGUGACCCCUCCGCGGGGGGCUGCCCUCAGGCCCCGAAGGGUCCCAGCUCGCCGCAGGGCCGCAGCAAGAAGAAGAGCCGUAAGCACCAGCGGUUCCUGGAGCGCCGGGCGCUGCUGGAGCAGAAGGGGCUGCUGAGCCCCCGCGAGCACAGGAGCACUCAGACCCCCGUGGCGGGGCCAGAGGCACACGCUGCCCUCACCAAGGCAAAUGGCACCACGACACAGCGCUCUGGCAAGGUCCCCAAGCCCAAACGGGUCAUCUCUGCAUCCCUGUCCCCAUCUGCCUCUCCAGACAGUAUAGCCAGGCACCACUCUGUGCUGCUGUCCCAGGGGAACGACAGCUCCAAGAAGGUGAGAAUGUCCUCACUGGUCCUGCGUCCGGGCAAGUACGUGGCCCUUGACUGUGAGAUGGUGGGCACCGGCCCUCAGGGCAGGCUGAGUGAGCUGGCACGGUGCUCCGUGGUGAACUACGAGGGGGAUGUCAUCUAUGACAAGUACAUUCAGCCCGAGCUCCCCAUCGUGGACUUCCGGACACGCUGGAGUGGCAUCACCAAGCAGCACAUGAAGAGAGCGAUUCCCUUCAAGGCUGCCCAGGCAGAGAUCCUGAAGAUCUUGAAAGACAAGAUUGUGGUAGGACACGCCAUCCACAAUGACUUCCAAGCCCUGAAGUACUUUCACCCAAAAGACAGGACUCGAGACACCAGCCAGAUCCCUGUGCUGAAGCAGAGGGCAGGGCUGCCUGUCAGAGCCAACGUCUCACUCAAGAACUUAGCCAGGCACCUGCUCCAUAAAAGGAUCCAGGUUGGCCAUAGAGGACACUCGUCAGUGGAAGAUGCUCAAACAGCCAUGGAGCUGUACAGACUGGUGGAGGUGCAGUGGGAGAAGGAGCUGGCCCAUAGCCUGCCCCCCCGGCCCCCCAGCCCCAUCACAGACCCCACUGCAGACAGCAGCCAGUACUUGGAUGACCAGUACUGGCCCACAGACCUGAUGGCAAGUGGCCUGUGAUGGGGGACAGCAUCUCCUCCGUGUGUUUUGGGCCAUCCUGGUGCCUUCAGCUCUGGAAGGUGGAAGUGACCGCUGACCUCCUUCCCCAGGGCUUGUACUCCAUGGGCUCUGCCCAGUACCCAGCCCAGCCCAGGGAUGGAGACAUGGUGACACCUGGACACCAGCAGUCUCCCAGAAAUGCUGUGUGCAGCCCCUAGUUUGUGCACAGAAAUGAGGGCUGUGGCUGCGCUGUGUUCAUCUGUCACUUUGGGAUGAGUAGGGUCCUGGCGUCAGCCUGGAGGAGCCCCCAUGGGCAUGUGUGGUGGGGGCUACCAGCACAUCCUCCAUGCCUUCCAUGGGAUUGUCCCCUUCCCAGAUGAAAGUGGCAGGUUUUCCUGUGGAAGGACUGAGGUGUUUUGCUGAUGCCCAAAGGUGCAAACCAUCCAGGGCCAGUAAACGAUCACCUUCCUCCUUUUUUUCAUAGACUUGUAAAAUAUGCUGAGUUGGAAGGGAUAUGUCAGGAUCAUAGAGUCCAACUCCUGGCCCUGCACAGGACACCCCAAGAGUCCUGCCAUGUGCCUGAGAGUGUUGUCCAAACACUUCUUGAACUCAGACAGGCUUGGUGCUAUGACCACUUCCAUGGGGAGCCUGUUCCAGUGCUCAGCCAUCUGGAUGAAAAACCUUUUCCUGAUAUCCAGCCUAAACCUCCCCUGACUCAGCUUCAUGCCAUUUCCUUGAGUCCUGUCACUGGUCACAAGAGAAGAGGUUGGUGCCUGCCCCUUAGCUUCCCCUCAUGAGGAUGUUGAAGAUUGCAAUGAGGUCUCCCCUCAGUCACCUCUAGGCUGAACAAACUAAGUGACCUCAGCCACUCCUCAUAAGGCUUCCCUUCCAGCAUCCAUUGAUCAAUCAGGUGGGUUACCCUGUUGUAGAAGGAAAUCAGGUUUGAUGAGCAGGACUUUCCUCUCAUGAAGCCGUGCUGGCUGUGAUUGAUGACUGUGUUGUCCUCCAGGUGUUUUUCAAUACCUCCCAGAAUAAUCUUUGAGAUUUUACGGGGCACUGAAGUGAGACUGACAGGCCUGUAGCUUCCAGGGUCCACCUUCUUACCCUUCUUGAAAACUGAGACAAUAUUCGCUGGCUUCCAGUCAGCUUGGACCUCUCCAGAUUCCCAAGACUGCUCAAAAAUCAUUGGGAGAGGCUUUGUGAUGACAUCAGUUAGCUCUUGAAGGAUUCUUGGAUGAAUCCCACCACACCCCAUAGAUUUGUAGGGAUCCAGCUGCACAAAGAAGCCUGAGAAAAAAGUCUGCAUCUGAUCUAUGUCCAGUGUGGACAAGAGCAUAGAAUGCACUUAAUUUUAAAUAAAUUAUUGACAUAAUUGUCCAGUUCUGAAUUAAAAACUGUUUUUGCUAAA